GUCCUGAGAGCUUUGGGAGCCGGCGUAGGCGCGCGCGGCAAAAGCCAGGGAGGUCCCGGGAGCAUAAGGACCGCCCCCACGACAAACUCGAGGGGGCGCGACCGGGGAUUCUUGCCCGAGCCGGUCCCCACCUCUGGCAGCCGCGGGCACAGCCUUCCUCCCCUGGGUCCGCACCCUCCCGGGGCCGGAAGCGAGGAAAGUGGCGUCGCGGGGGAGCGUAGCUUCCCAAGACCGGAAGUAGAGAAAACGGGACCGCCUGGCACCCUGGGGGAACCGUAGUUCUCCGAGGCCGGAAGUGGGGUGUCGGACCGGCGGAAACAGGCCCCUGGGAGGUCGGAAGUGGGGGUAGAGCCGCUGGGAGCUGUAGUUUUGAGGGAGGCGGAAGCGCGGCUAGCAGCCGGGCGACAUGGCGGGCUUGGAGCUCCUGUCGGACCAGGGCUACCGGGUAGACGGACGGCGCGCCGGGGAGCUGCGCAAGAUCCAGGCGCGGAUGGGCGUGUUCGCGCAGGCCGACGGCUCGGCCUACAUCGAGCAAGGCAACACCAAGGCGCUUGCGGUGGUGUACGGGCCGCACGAGAUCCGGGGCUCCCGAGCACGAGCCCUGCCAGACAGGGCCCUGGUGAACUGUCAGUAUAGUUCUGCGACCUUCAGCACAGGCGAACGCAAGCGGCGACCCCACGGGGACCGUAAGUCUUGCGAGAUGGGCCUGCAGCUGCGUCAGACCUUCGAGGCCGCCAUCCUUACGCAGCUGCACCCACGCUCCCAGAUUGAUAUAUAUGUGCAGGUGCUGCAGGCAGACGGUGGGACCUAUGCAGCUUGUGUGAAUGCAGCCACGCUGGCAGUGCUGGAUGCCGGAAUACCCAUGCGGGACUUUGUGUGUGCCUGCUCAGCUGGCUUUGUGGACAACACAGCUCUGGCGGACCUCAGCCACGUGGAAGAGGCAGCUGGUGGUCCCCAGCUGGCCCUGGCCUUGCUGCCGGCCUCAGGCCAGAUUGCACUGCUUGAAAUGGAUGCCAGGCUACAUGAGGACCACCUGGAGCAGGUGCUAGAGGCCGCUGCCCGGGCUGCCCGGGACGUGCACACACUGCUGGACCGUGUGGUUCGGCAGCAUGUACGUGAGGCCUCUAUUUUGCUAGGGGACUGAGCAUCUGGCCUCCCCAUGCCCAAAUAAAACCCACA